ACAACAGGGGAAGGAACGCAUUGGGUUUCUCUUGUCCAGUGAGGACGAUGGCACUAGACUAUAGUGCUAGUGUUUGGAAAUGAUUCUCACCGAGAGCUGGUAUAAGGCCAGCUAACUUUGUUACUAGACUACAAAUCUAGUGCUAGAGAAUGAUUCUCACAGUGAGCAACAAUCCUGCCUGCCUAAAUCAUCACUACUGCUUCUACUGAAACCUCCGUAGGACCACUCCUGAUGGCUGUCCAAUGUCGUUAAAUGUCAUCUAAAGUUGAUACAGUUUUACCCAAUCACAUUCUUGAGUUUGAUCUAUCAUAGGUCCCGCCCACGCGCGCUAUAGGUAUAAAAGCCCUGGGUAAGUAGAGGUGGCUCCAUUAUCACGACUUGCUGGCUAAGAGUCUGAGAGGCACCGCUUGUGGUUUGAGAGAACGAUUGACAGAUAUGACCUGAAAAUGAGGAUCACCACCUGUUUCCUCUGGAGGCUGAUCUUCGCCAUUUCCCAGAUAUUCCCGGUGAAUGGGUACCUCGCCCCGGCAUCUCCAGCUCCCAAGCUACUGCCGACCCUUCAGGAAGUCCCUUGAGCACCCAAUCACCAGCGGAAGAUCUAAAACAUCGCGAAUUCAAAUCUCCAGCGAAUAUCUCCUGUGAAAACGAGACGCUGUUUGAUUGUACGAAGUUUUUGCAGUAUCCCAUUAAUGUUAGCUUUCAAUCAGGAGGACAUUGUAGACACAAACAGCUCUUUUGAGUUGCCAAGUCCCCCAAAAGAACAGUACAAUCAGUCAUUCUUGUGGUCAGAGCUUCCUCGAUGGUUCCAGAACGAGGGGAAUUUAGUACAAGCCAAAAAUGUCAAGGGUCACUCAGCAGGCCAUGCAAACAACUGCACGGUUGAAAUCUCCCUGUCAUUCUCGAGAUCACAGCUUGACCAAGGAGAGAAAUUUCUGCUCCCUUCCAGAAAAGCCGCUGGUCUCUAUGGAGAUCUUGCAAACACCAGUCACUCUAGCGAGCAGCCCAAAACAGCAAGAAUACCCAAAACCCAACAGCAAUUCCGGAGCUCAAAGACUGACACUGGACAGCUGUCUAUGUCACAGGUCCCAAAAGGUAGAAACCUCAGAGGAAAUGGGGUCCUUCUCCGAUAUCGUGAGGAAAACUCAGAGAGAGCAAAGGAACAGUCUUUGGAACGGCUCCUCAGGAAAAUCAUUGAGCUCUACCUGAAGGAAUGCGACUUGAUCCUUGUUGCUGACAGAAGCUUCCAGGAGUCUAACAUUUUGGAGGUGCUGGUUAGGUCGUCUAAUCUAAAGCAAGUUGUGUUCAUGAACUCCCCCGAAGACCUGUCUAACCAGGUAGUCUGGACGACAUCCAAGUGCCAAGGGACUCUAAUCCUGGUGUCUGAUCCACAGCUACUGAUUGACUUUGGCAACGGGAUGCCCUUUCUCUGGGACUACGAAGCCAGGGUGAUAAUAGUUGGCUUGACAGAAGAAUUCCUGGAUAUGUUCACCGGAACCAAAAUGGGACGAAAAACCGAACACAUCGUCGGAGUCGUCCAGGACAAGAGCGAAGGACGAUUCCGAGUCUACCUGAACCAGCUGUUUUGGGGGGAGGGGAUGAAGUACAUCACCAGCUGGUACGGUCGAGGUUUCACCAGUAAGGCGGAACUGUUCCCGGACAAGAUAUCCAACUUAAGGAGAGGCGUCGUAAGGGUCCUUGUAUUUGAGUGGCAGCCAGCGAUUAUAUACCACAGAGACCCAGAAGGCAAUCUGCUCUUCCGUUAUGGCCGGGAUCCGGCAGUUGUUGAAGCUCUUGCUAAAGUGUUCAACUUCACCAUCCUCUACAAGGACCCUCCGGAUGGGCAACAGUUCGGUCUAAAGCUUCCGAAUGGCAGCUUCGACGGGAUGGUAGGCCUUCUGGGAAGCCACGAAGGGGACAUAGCCAUCGCCAACCUGUACAUGUCAGCCAUCGACGGAAGGGACCAGUUUCAGGAGUAUAGCUCGGCCUUUGCUGAAGAUAAAAGCUGUUACAUGGCCCGAGUUGAUCUACCACUACCUCGCUGGCAGUCCCUAGGACUCCCAUUCCGGAUGGCUACCUGGAUAGCAAUUUUUGUGGGACUCCUUCUGUCAGGUCCUCUGCUUUAUGUACUGGCUGUAUUCAGCGAAAAAAGCGGAUUUGAGGAACCAGGCUUCAGACACAUCACUCUGUCAAUCUUUUAUACUUGUGGAGCCCAUUUCUCUUACCCUUUGAGGAAUCAGCCGAUGGGUUCAGGCCUCAAGAUCUUUGUCGUAUUUCUGUGGAUCUACAUCCUCCUCAUCUCUACAGGCUACAGGUCCAACCUGACGGCCUUCCUUACGGUCGUCAGGCAGCCUGCUAGCAUUGAGACCUUCAAGGACUUGUACGAGUCUGGAUUGCAAGUCAUGGGAAUUCCAUUCUUCAAGACUUCGCUGGAGUUUUCUGGAAAUCAGUAUUUACGCGCGCUAGUGGACAAAUUCCGAGUGAGUUUGGCCUUUCGUGAGACGACCAAAGACGUCCUCGAUGGGAAGGCAGUGACAAUCAACAGCCGGAUAUAUUUGGAAGCCGUUGGGGCACAGUUAAAGAGGAAGGGAAAGCCUCUGGUUAGGAUCAUGAAGGAGUGCUUCUCCUCUUAUGCAGUGGGACUUGCCUAUCCAAGAAACUCGCCACUGAAAUCAAAGUUUGACUUGUGGAUUUCGCGCAUCUUCGACAGUGGAUUGGUGAGGAGGUGGCUGUUGAACUCACUCACACGCUACCAGAAGCUUCAAAAGGGAAACAUUUCAGCCAAUGAUGAAGAAGAAGAAGAAGAAGAAGCACCCCAGGACGGGAAAGAGUCAGCGGGUGGGGCUACCCCUCUCAGCUUGGAGCACAUGCAAGGCCUCUUCAUUAUCCUCGGAUUCGGUUUUGCUCUCUCGACGGUCGCUUUCUCCAUCGAAAUGUUUGCUGCCUAACUCACCUCCAGUUAAUGGAACACUCGGUUAACUGAGCACCUGGUUAAUCGGAAGUCCAGUUAAUGGAGAAUCUGGUUAAUUGAAUGCCAGGUUAACUGAGCGCCUGGAUAAUUGAAAUUGUAGUUAACUGAGUGUCUGGAUAAUUGAAAUUGUAGUUAACUGUGUGUCUGGAUAAUUGAACACCAAGUUAAUUGGACGUUUGGUUAAUAGAGAGUCCAGUUAAUUGAACAUCUGGUUAACUAAGCGCGUGGUUAAUUGAACGCAAAGUUAACUGAGUGCCUGGAUAAUUUAAUGUUUGGUUAACUGAAUGUCUGGAUAAUUGAACACCAAGUUAAUUGAACAUUUGGUUAAUUGAAAAUCCAGUUAACAAAGUGUUCGGUUAACUAAAGGUCCGGUUAAUUGAGCGCCUGGUUAGCUGAGGAUCUGGUUGGAUGAAUGGUAUGUUAACUGAGUGUCUGGUUAAUUCAACGUCCAGUUAACUGAACAUUGGAACUCCCGAUUAAUUGAAUGUUCAGUUAAUUGAAUGUCUGGUUAAUUGAAUGUCUGGUUAAUUGACUGUCUGGUUAAUUGAAUGUCUGGUUAAUUGAAUGCCCGGUUAAUUGAACGUCUAGUAAAUAUAAUGUCUGGUUAAAGGAAAGUCUGGUUAAUUGAACCCGAGGUUAAUUGAACGUCAAGUUAAUUGAAUGUCUGAAUAAUUGAAAGUCUGGUUAAUUGAAUGCCCGGUUAAUUGAACGUCCAGUUAAUUGAAUGUCCGGUUAACAGCAAGUCUGGUUAAUUGAAACUGAGGUUAAUUGAACGUCAAGUUAAUUGAACGUCUGGUUAAUUGAAAGUCUUGUUAACUGAAUGCCCGGUUAAUUGAAUGUCCGGUUAAUUGAACGUCUGGUUAACUGAAAUUCUGGUUAAAUGAACGCCUGGUUAAUUGAACGUCCAGUUAAUUGAACGUCUGGUUAACUGAAAUUCUGGUUAAUUGAACGCCUCGUUAAUUGAACGUCUAGUUAAUUGAACGUCUGGUUAACUGAAAGUCUGCUUAACUGAACAUUCGGUUAAUUGAACGUCCAGUUAGUUGAAUGUCCGGUUUACGGAAAGUCUGGUUAAUUGAACACCCGGUUAAUUGUACUUCCAAUUAGUUCAGAGUCUUGUUAAUUCGUAAUAUAAUUUAAAUAGCAUUUUAUAGUCUGGUUGCUUCAAUGCCUGAUUAAUUUCCUAGUUGGUUAAUUCAACAUUCACUUAAUUCAUUAACUGACUAUACCAUUUCAUCACCUGAAUGGUUAAUUCCACAUAAUUUUUGGUGAUAUCUUCCAGUUACUUCUAAAUGCAAUUACUACAACAUGGAGUUGUUUCCAAGGUCACUGAAUCUGUCUAUUGAUCCCAGAUUUUCACUUCAUUGUGGGUAAACCAAAGGGAGGCUGUACUUGAU